CCUUUGAAUAAUGUCUUCUUCCUCCUUUGGCUGCUGCUUCUAGGCUUUCCCUCCAAUCCAAAACCCUAAAACCCCAACAUUUUUAAAUUUCUUCGUAAAUGUUAAAAGUAUCGAGAAUGAAAUCGCUACUCACUCUCAGUCCAUCUCUCUCCAAUUCCACCGCCGCAGCUCCUCUUUCACUCUACUUCCGCUCCAAAUCCUCCACUCUUCUUCGCGGCGCAGCUAACAGAAUUAAACCCCUCAAGAACCCUACAUUUCUCCCACCAUUAUCUGUUACCAACUCCCUCCCUAAUUAUUCAAAACCCUCUAAUUCCAGUCAAAGUCGAGGCUUUUGCACCGAUGGUGGUGCCUCCGGCGAGAUUCACCUGAUUGUGGGACCCAUGUUCGCCGGAAAAACCACCACACUUCUCAAGAGGAUGAAGUCCGAGAGACGCAAUGGCAGAUUUCAGGGCAAUCCAAUAAAGAAUUCCUGCCAUUUGGAUAGAACAUUAAAGGAUCUUUGCUUCACGGGGAGGGUUAAAGAGGCUGUUGGAAUAUUGUGCACCACUGGGGUGCAAGUACAUUCCGAAAUCUAUUCGCUCCUCUUGCAAGAAUGCAUUUUCAGAAAGGAGUAUAAGAAGGGGAGAAGAAUGCAUUGGCAAAUGGUGGUUGUCGGAUUCAUUCCCGAUGAAUAUCUGAAGAUCAAGCUUUUGAUUUUAUACGCCAAAUCUGGAGAUCUUGAUACCGCCCAUGUUUUUUUCGACACGCUAAUAACGAAAAAUAUAAUUUCGUGGAAUGCAAUGAUUGCAGGGUAUGUGCAAAAGGGGCUAGAAGAGAUGGGGUUGAGUCUUUAUCAUAGAAUGAGACAACUCGGUUGGAUGCCGGACCAGUAUACAUUUGCGUCAGUAUUUAGGGCUUGUUCUUCACUGGCCAUUCUUGAACAGGGCAAACAAGCGCAUGGGAUAUUGAUUAAGAGUCAAAUUAGUAUAAACGUUGUAGUUAAUAGCGCGCUUAUGGAUAUGUAUUUCAAAUGUAGUAGCCCCCACGAUGCGUUUCGAGUAUUCGAUACGUCUUUACAGAGGAACGUCAUAACAUGGACGUGUUUGAUAUCUGGAUAUGGUCUGCAUGGCAGAGUGUACGAGGUUUUGGAUGCUUUCCAUCAGAUGAUAAGCGAAGGAUUUAAACCAAAUCAAAUCACGUUUCUUGCAGUACUCUCUGCAUGCAGCCAUGGUGGAUUGGUGGACAAAGGGCAGGAGUAUUUUUCGUCCAUGUUGAGAGACUAUGGUGUUCGGCCGAGGGGCAAACAUUACGCGAUCAUGGUUGACCUUUUAGGGCGCGCUGGCAGACUAGAAGAGGCUUACGAAUUUGUCCAGGUGUCGCCUUGUAAAGACCACCCAGCGGUAUGGGGUGCUCUGCUCGGUGCGUGUAGAAUUCAUGGUAAUAUGGAUAUUGUGAAGAUUGCUGCAAAGAAUUUUUUCGAAUUGGAACCAGAAAAUGCUGGGAAGUACAUAGUCUUGUGUAACGCUUAUGCGACUUUUGGGAUGUGGAAAAACGUUGCGGAGAUUAGGAGUGUGAUGAGGGGGUCUGGGAUUAAAAAGGAGCCUGGUUAUAGCAUGAUAGAGUUGCAAACGGAGGUCCAUUUCUUCUUUAUGGGGCAUAAUACUCAUGAACAAACCGACCAAAUACAUGAAAUGAUUAGAGAACUGACCUUUUCGUUGAAAGAUCCUUGUGAUAUUCCAGACUCGAGCAUUGAACUGGAGGAAAACGUAGUUGUCUGUGGUGAUUAAAUAUCUACUGAUAUUUAAUAUAUGUAAAGGUAGGGUUGGAAUUCAUGGUUUACUAG